UGAGAAGGAGGAGGUGAGGAAGAGGAGGAGGUGAAGAGAGGAUGUGUCCCAUCUCCUGCUGGAGCCUCACACUUUAAACAGCAAAGUUCGAUCCUCAGGUUUAUUUUUAUUUUCACUGAAGUGGAGCUUUGAGUCUCUGAGUCUUUGCAUGUCCUGAAACUUUACUUUUAAAGAAGGUUGAUUCAGAGUGAGGAAGAUGUCCCGCUGCUCCUUCACCUGGACGCUUUGUGUUUUCUGCCUCUUGACGACGAGCACCUCCUCGGCCGAGGAGACCCCGGAGGAUGAGGAGGGGGAGUCCGGCUCCGGGAUGCUGCACACAGACGAGGUGAACAUUCUGCAGGAGCUUUCGCUUCACGUGUCGAACAGCAGCAACGCCUCAAUGGCUGUGGAGGACAGCAGGUGUCCGGUGCUGCAGGUGGGACAGUACUCCACCUUGGCCCUUCCUCUACGACAGCUCUUCCCUGACAGGUUUGCAGAUGAGUUCAGUUUACUGGUGCAGAUGCGGAGUCCUCAGACGGAAGAACGCAGCGUCUUCACCAUGCUCAGCCCCGACAGCCACGUGAUGCUGCAACUACGGAUCAGCGCCUCCGCCGUCAUCUUCACAGGAUCUCAGCAACGGCACUACGAGUUCCCAGUCGGCGGUCUGUCUGACGGGAAGUGGCACCAUGUGGGCGUCAGUGUGUCGGCAAAGCGGUUGGCGGUGUACGUGGACUGUUCCCUGCUGGAGAGCGUGGACUGGGUGCACCACGGCCUGGGGAUCAGCACCGACGGGCUGCUCAUGGUCGGGGGCACCAUCGAGGGAUUUGAGACCCCGUUUGAAGGUCACCUCAGACAGCUGACCUUCCUGAUGGACGACCCGGACGCCGCCCAGCAGCACUGCAGCCACCACCCGCCCCGCUGCAUCGCCACGGCCCCCAAGCGUCCCCGCUCCCCGCACACCAACAACUUCCUGGAGAAUCUCCUGCUGUCCUCGAACGACCUGGAGGAUUUGCUGGGCGAUCCCGACGAUGAGUCAUUUUUGAGCCUUGGCAGAACCAAUGCGUUCCUGCGCCGAGCCGCUUCUCGAGGAGAUGGGACGAUGCUUUCAGGACCCGAUCGAAAAGGCUCGAUAGUUCGCGGGGACGUCUUCGUGGUGGACGAGGACACCGACCUGUUGGAUCCCAUCUUCCAAAAUGGUGAAUAUGCCAACCCCCUGUGGAAGCCCUCCGGGAACGGAGGAAACCAGAAGGGGAAGCCUGAAAUAUCUUCUAAACAUUUAGAGGAGAACAUCACUACAGAGAAGAAGAAAGAUUCAAGCGGGAGGACUUCUUCACUGUUCCCCGGGAAACCCUCCGAUGACAUCAUCGACCUGGGCCCCGGAAACACGCCCAAGAAGCCUUCAUAUCCGAGAACAUCCACAGAUGAUCAGGGCAGGACUGUCUCACCUACAGCUCAGGUGAUCUCCUCUGACCCAUCUGCAAAGGGCGUAGAUGAAAAGACGGGAUCCAUCACCACGCAGAGCACCACGCACUCUGAUGUCAAACAUGAAGACAGGGAGAACCCCGGCACUGUGACCAUUGUGUCCAUAGACGGCGACCUGGUGCGGAGCUCGGAUGGAAAAAUGUACCGGCUGCAGAGAGGGGGUGUCGGCCGAAUGGGUCCACCGGGGGCAGAGGGUUGUCCUGGUGAACCUGGCGUCCGGGGGUUUAAAGGUGAUAAGGGUAAAAUGGGCCCCGAAGGCCGAUCUGGGAAAAGGGGGGAGUCCGGGCGUCCUGGUGCGGCAGGUUUACCGAGCCUCUACCUGUGGAAGAAUACGGCCGAGGAAUGGGCUGCGUUCCAGCAAACCAACUUCUACCAGUUACUCCGCUCCGGUUGGCCUAGUGAGGAAGGUCCUGCAGGACCCCCUGGAGAGAUGGGCAAACCUGGCAUACCGGGGCCUUCUGGGGAAGCUGGGGGGCGCGGACAAGGAGGGAUGCCAGGAGAGAUGGGCGAGCAGGGAGCCAGGGGCCCUCCCGGACGAGUCGGGGCCCCGGGGAGAGACGGUACAAAUGGGGACGAUGGUCAGCCGGGGUCACACGGUGCUCCCGGAUCAUCGGGGCCCUGGGGACACAGAGGAGAGCGAGGGACCAAAGGGGAAAAAGGUGAUGAGGGUCUGGUUGGCUUCAAGGGUCCAAGAGGGGAAACAGGUGACCCCGGUGAGAAGGGUUCCACUGGUUUACCUGGACGAACUGGUCUUGUUGGGCCUCCAGGGCCUCACGGGAUCCGAGGUGGCUCCGGGCCAGAGGGGCCCUGUGGCCCUGACGGGGAGAGCGGACUGGACGGCCUCUCAGGUCCACCGGGGCCAACGGGGGCACCAGGCAUCACAGGACGCGUUGGCGCUCAAGGAGUUAAUGGCUCAAGGGGGGACCUGGGACCUGCUGGCACUGCUGGACACAAAGGCCCCCAGGGGCCUCCGGGUUUAGAGGGACAGAUCGGACCUCCUGGACUCAGAGGGCUCCAAGGACACUUGGGACUGACGGGAGCUGCCGGCCCUAAAGGAGAGAACGGGCCUGUGGGGCCGAUGGGUGAACGGGGGGAUCCCGGCUUCGAGGGGCCGAUGGGCGCUCCGGGGCAACAAGGUCUUAUGGGUUUUCUCGGACUAACGGGCAACAGGGGACCAGACGGGGACACGGGGGACGCUGGACCUAAAGGAGACAAAGGUUUUCAGGGGGCAGAAGGCAUUAUGGGCCCCCAGGGAGAGAGGGGCCCCACCGGCUUCCCGGGUUUCCAGGGGACGAAGGGCGAGCCGGGCUCCAGAGGCACCGAGGGCACAAAUGGAGAAACUGGCCCUCAGGGGAAACAAGGCAGCCGCGGGUUAAAGGGGACCAGAGGACCAGAUGGACGUAACGGGAAACCAGGACCCAGAGGGAACAAGGGUCCGAUUGGACAGAGGGGUCACACUGGUCAACCAGGCCCAUCGGGUUUGUCGGGGCCACCGGGACCAGAGGGAGCAGAAGGAAAGCCUGGUACACAGGGCCCCUCGGGUGCCGCGGGACCGGCCGGCAGUAACGGACUCACGGGUUUUCAAGGAGUGAUUGGGGAGACGGGAGCAGAUGGAGCACCAGGUUCUCUGGGGCCUCCAGGGAAGAUGGGACCUCCAGGUAUACCAGGACCCCCAGGAGAGAGGGGUUUCACAGGGAAGCCCGGCAUGGAGGGACCCCAGGGCCCAGUAGGCAUGUAUGGCCUCCAGGGGAACGUGGGCAUGCGAGGGCCUCCAGGUUUCAUGGGAGAAAGGGGUGAGGCGGGUUUACGAGGUUUACCAGGACCAGUCGGGAAACCAGGACCUGCAGGUGUGUCAGGACCUCCUGGAGAGAAGGGAGUCCGGGGGCCUCAGGGUCGACCUGGAGAUGAAGGACUCAGAGGAUUUCAAGGCCCAGAAGGGCCUCCAGGUGUUCCAGGUGCUGAUGGGGCAAAUGGAAAACCUGGACCCAGGGGAAGCAUGGGGCCCCUAGGUCCUCAGGGGCCACAGGGACCAGCAGGAAUCCCAGGGCCACAGGGGCCGGAUGGGUUGUUAGGAGCAGCAGGGAAAAGAGGAAACAAGGGUUUACCUGGUUUACCUGGUGAUCCCGGACCCACGGGACAAGAUGGAGAACAGGGUCUCCUUGGACAGAGAGGAAUCGAGGGCCCCCCAGGACGGAAAGGAGAUCAGGGCGACUCGGGGCCUUCUGGGAAACCUGGUCCACCGAGUCCGCCAGGAGAGAGAGGACUCGAGGGCCCGAAAGGCCUCCAGGGACCCGCUGGACCCGUCGGUAAAGAGGGUGACGUCGGCCUCCCUGGUGAAGCCGGAGGUCCAGGUCCCAAAGGGGAGAAGGGCGAGGUGGGGCCUCUGGGUUUGUCUGGUCGAGAGGGCCCCUGGGGAACCCUCGGAGCGAACGGAGAGAGGGGCCCGAAGGGGGAGAAGGGCCACAUCGGACUGAUGGGGGAGCCGGGGCUUUCGGGGAAAGUGGGACCCGCAGGUCUGGCUGGUUUACGGGGAGUCACGGGCCCUCUUGGACCUACGGGACCAGAUGGAGCUCAGGGGCAGAAGGGGGAGUCUGGGCUCUUAGGAAUUACUGGAGCUCCUGGGUCAGGAGGCCCUCAGGGAGUAAACGGAGCUCGUGGAGUCAGAGGAGACGCAGGGAGGCUGGGACCUUCUGGUCCGGGGGGACAAGUCGGACCUCAGGGAGACCAGGGAGGGAAAGGAGAGCCAGGACCACAGGGAGAGAAGGGAGAGCCAGGAGCUCCAGGUCCGACCGGGGAACAGGGUGAAGAUGGUCUGCCUGGAAUCCAAGGUCCUCCUGCUCUCCCAGGGUUGGAGGGGCCUCCUGGAGAGAUGGGGCCUCAGGGUCCCCCAGGUCCCACAGGGGCUCCUGGAGGGACAGGAAGACAAGGACCCGAGGGGACCAGAGGCUUGGACGGGGAGAAGGGAGACGACGGCCUGAAUGGAUCCACAGGAAAGACUGGUCAUGUUGGCAGGAGGGGGAGACGGGGGAAGGCUGGAGCCAGGGGGACCCGCGGAGACCGAGGACCAAAGGGCGGAAAGGGAGACCGAGGACUGGGAGGUAUCCCCGGGUGGCCGGGUCUCAUAGGAAUCCCUGGGUUACGAGGAGAGCUGGGGGUUCACGGUGAAAAGGGACGAGAGGGCGAGAAGGGAGACAUGGGACUGCCUGGACCAGCUGGAGGUGACGGCACCAAGGGAAUUCGAGGUGCCGUCGGGUUGCCAGGUCCUGGAGGCCUUAAGGGAGAGCAGGGGAGUAUCGGUCGUUCAGGGCUGAGGGGGGUGCCAGGGAUGCCAGGGCUGCCUGGUUUGUUUGGAUUCAAGGGUUUGAAAGGAUACCAGGGUCCUUCUGGUCAGCCCGGCAGGAAGGGCCUCCCGGGUCCACCCGGUGUUCCUGGUCCUCCGGGUCAGUCUCUGAACAUGACUUUGACUCAACUCAAGGACCUGAUGUACGUGUCCGAUAAGCCGAACCUGCCCCUGAUCCAGACCCUGCUCGACUCUCUGCAGCAGGACCUGCGGCUGCUGGUGGAUCCUCCCGACGGCAGCAAGGAGCAUCCUGCCACCACGUGUCUGGAGCUGUGGCUCUGUCACCCUGAGCUCAGCAGCGGAAUGUAUUACAUCGACCCGAACCAGGGCAGCCCGGCCGACGCUCUGCUGGCUCACUGCAGCUUCUCCCCCUCAGCACAACAGACCUGCCUCCAUCCCAGAGACUCUCAGCUGCCGGUGAAAGCCUGGAUGAGGGAGUUCUCUGAGGACGGGUCUUUUGAGUGGCUCAGCCGGCUGGAGCAGGGUUUUCAGUUCUACUACCCGGGGGCCAACGUGGUCCAGUUGCGGUUCCUGAGGUUACACAGUAGCACGGCCAUCCAGAAGCUGACCUACUCCUGUCAUCCAGGACAUAGACUGGGCCAGACGGACAGAGACAUCAAGUUCCUCACCGACAACCGGAGGCAGAGUUACCUCGGAGAACUUAAAGACUGUGUGCCGGGAGAGGAGACGGUGUCCGGCCCUCGUGAGUCUGUGUUCGAGUUCGAGGACCUCCAGCUGCUUCCUCUCAGAGACUUGGCCCUCAUGGCGGGAGGAAACCUCACGUCCCCGUUCGGCUUCACGGUCGGACCCGUGUGCUUCAGCUAGAGGUGCUGGACCACUGUGCCGCCCCCCCAGAGGACCCACAGGUCCGGGACUCGAACCUCUGUUCUGAACGUGGACUCCAGGAGGACACCUGGAACGUAUCCUCCGACGUUCGGCCCUUUUCCUCUUGUAUUUUUGAGGAUUUGAUCUCUCAAGUUGAGUGACUCCAUAUUAAUGAAUUUGAGAGGGCACGAGCGCUCCCCCGACCUUUUUUUUCUAACGGAGAAGUCAAUUUUGUUUACAGAGACAUUUAUCUUGCAUUGAAUAAUUUAAAAUAUGUAUGUUUUUUUCUUUAAACCUUUCUAUAUGUAUUCAGGGCUUCUGUUAUCGCCGGCCCAUCGUGUAUAUAAACGUCCCAACUCACCUCUAAACAAUGUGUUCUGGAUGGGGACACAGCUACUGUCGUCCCAUUGGCCACACGUGACCGAGCCAGUCAGGUUUUAUUUGAAAAAACUAAAUGUAUUUAAUUCCCAAAAAAACGAUAAAAGGGGCUUUAGUCGUAUUAUCUCAAACAUACUUGAUACAUACGUAUUAAAAAUACAUGUUUUCAUACAGUUUUCAUAUAAUUUCAUGUAUUUUCACAUCUCAGGUAUAACACUUUAAUGAUAUAUAUAUAUAUAUAUAUAUAUACAUAGGCACUGAAGCUGUUGUAUGUUGGUCGGUCUUGUAGCUCAGUUUUAUAACAAGACAAAUGGAAAGAAUAGAAACGUUAAAGGAUAUAAAAUACACCAGAGGACAAACUGCUCCUGCGGCGUCGUCCAAGUGUCCGUGAGCCCCGACAUUCAAAUUUGACCUGAAACUGCUUCAUUCACACCGUGUUUUUUAGCUUAAAUGUCCGAGUUCUUGCCGUUUGGCGAAACUCGCAGCUCUCGCUACGUGAGCGCGGCUCCGGGCCGAGGACAACUGCCGACAUUUAAGAUAAAAACAUGGUGUAAAUGAUGCCAGGAGCAGUAUGUUGUUUUUUUUACGUUUCAAGUUACUUCAGUUGUUUUGGAUUUGGCUGCAACGCUGUUUGUCCCCGAAACUCCCAAAGUGUUUUGUGGACUCAAACACUGAUCUGAAUACGAGCAGAAUAUGUCUCCUUCAAGCAGUUUACACAUCCCUCCGGUUCCUCACAGAACAAUACUGUAUUUUUUUUUCACUGUACUGUAAAGAUCAUGCAUCAGUUUGACAGUUAAUGCAAAAAAGUAGCAGACCUGCAUGGAUUCUUUUAACUCCAGUGGAAGAAGAAGUGCCUGUGACCACACAAUGAGCACUGAGUAAUUGCCGUUGGCCCGAACUCCUGCUUCGUCUAAUCUGAGAAGUGCUUGGGUCCGGAGAAAGGACGAGAGUCUCGUAGCUCCUCGGCUGAAUCAGGGUUGUGUGUCGUGUGCAGUCUGCUGGGAACAGAGGAUUCAGAUGAGCAAGAUCUCAGGGAGCGGAGUUUACCUGCCUCGUUCGAUUAGCAGCUCUGAAGCUGGGGAAACAACCAAACGAAAUUUCUUUGCUUAGGAUAAUUUGCUUUCACAAAACUGAUGUGAUCAAACAGAGAGGAAAUGUACUUAAUCUUAAUUUCAACCAGAUGGAUUACAUUAAAGUUUAAAGGGUUUUAUCCACCGGUUUGCAAAUUCUGGUCUGGUUUGUUUAAAUGUUUGUGUAUUUACAUUUGAUGAUCAUCAUUCCACAUGAUUGCCUUGGCUGGCUGAGACUGAUCAUUGUUACUUUACCUGUUUUUUGUUUUUUUUUACAAAUUGUCAUUUUACAAAGAUAUGAAAUGACAGGCUGGACAUCUGUGUUGUGCUUAUUCCUUCAUCAGCUCGUUC